AUCUAUCCCAACGACGAUGAAAAGACCUAGACAUUUACAUUCAUUCAUAAAACGUCUAUCUGAACGUUGACAAGAUAAACAACAGAAAACUAUAUACAGCUGGAGGAAAAUGGCGGACAGUCGUCAACUGCCAUGGGCGUAUCAUAAUCGGGUAAAAUUUGUAUUGCCACGCCUAUGAUAUGAAAACAUAACCUUACUUACCGAUGGAAUGAUAAAUUGGCCGAUUCUGGAUUACUGCUGUUUAUCUUGCACACAUAACACGAUCGCACCAUUGUUCAACAGGUAACAGUUCAAUAUCACUAACAAACUUAUGUCAAAUAGCACAAAAAUAAUGAUUUGUGAAAAUCCACAACUCAAGCAUAAAAUACGCACUUUAUAGUAUCGUAAAAUGUCCAUUCAUAAGAAAAAUGCGACGUUGCCAAUGUCGACUGAAGCUCUGUGACUGAAGGAAAUCUCUUUCCAAUUCGCUAACGGUAAAUUCAAUACGAAAAUAGUUCACUUUUCUACUUUUCACUAUUGCUUAUGCAGAUUUUCAAGAAUGUUAACAAUUUUAUUAUUUUCAUGAGUCCAAAUAGCUGGUUUACACGAUGAAAUAUUUGUUUGAGGUUUGUUUACUACCAGAACACCAUGAUAGCGAAACUCCGACGACUACAGAUGCAUGUGAGGAGGACGGUGGGCAAACUACCGUGGAACCCGAUAAUGAUGACUUAACAGAAGAUGAUGAGACCUCAUCAAGCGGCCAAGAUGCAACGACCGACGACGACGAAAUUAACGAAGAUGACGUCGGCUACGACUUUAAUGACUUUGAUCUUCAAUGA